UCUGCCCUGAAAGUUAUGUUGACGUAGAAGGAGUAAGCAAAGUCCAGAGGGAGAACAGCGGCUGCGUGCGCCUGCAUAGGUUUGAAUUGACCGAAAUGCCUCAAAACGCAGAUCUGGAUUCAAACUUAGCGUCAUCGUGUGUCGUUUUAUCAUGAACAUAGGCUAAAUGACAGGUGUGCUUGUUGUUGUUGUGAUAAAACUAGUGGGUUUAUGAGUCAGAGUUGCUGUGGCUACGAGAAGCUCCCAGUUGCGCUGCGCGGAGUUGAACCCCAGUAGGAGCAGCAGCAGCCAGGAGAGGACGACUUUGCCUGACCUCGUUUGCGCUUCGAAUAUGUUCAAAUUCGUCAAGUUUUGCUCUCGAAAAUCUUCGAACUCAUGGUGAAGAGAAAGAAGACGCCGUCUGCUUCCGAAGAGCUCGAGAAUGGGAUGACAGUGGGCCAAGGGGGCGGUUCGGGAGUCGAGGGGCCGAGCAAACCGGACCGAAAGCCCGAAGGAGACGAGGAUGGAGAGAGCGCAGAUCAGGCGAGCGAGGAGACGAGUACAAAGAGAGUCGGAGAGGAAACACUUAAUCCAUCAAGCGCGGCCAGCCCCGGUUCGGCUCCGACUCUUUCCAGCCAAACAUCCAGCCCACCCGGAGCCCAGGUAGCGCUUUCCCCAGCCCUGGCCGCCCCGAGCAACCAGGACCAGCAUCAUUUUCUCCGCUCCAGCGUGCGACCUCCGAGCAAGCGGAUACGGAAAGAUGCCUCGUCCCCGGCGCUGAACGGUCACGGCGCUGCGAAAGCGAAAGCUGUCACCCAGCAGCAGGUGACAAAUCACUGUCAGGAGUUUGAUUCUGAUGAAUCUGAUCAGGAGAUGCAUGGGAAGGAUUUUGAAGCUAUUCAGAACAAUAUAGCUCUUAAAUAUAAGAAGAAGGGUAAACCGGCAAGUAUGGUGAAGAACAAGGAGCAGGUGCGGCAUUUCUACUACAGGACCUGGCACAAGAUCUCUAAACACAUUGAUUUCAACAACGUGUAUUCACGUGUGCUGAAAAAGUCUUCUCAGGAGCUCUAUGGCCUCAUCUGUUAUGCUGAACUCAGGAAGAAGGUUGGAGGCUUGAUGGAUGACAAAAAUGUGGCCAAACUAAAUGAGCUUAUCCAACAGGGGGCCACCACAGUACGUUCCAAAGGCAGAAAUCUGAGGAUCAAAGCUCCCAUGUGCCGCGCACUGAAGAAACUCUGCGACCCAGAUGGUGUGAGUGAUGAGGAGGAUCAGAAGCCUGUGCGUUUACCGUUGAAGGUGGCUGUAGAACUUCAACCCCGGAGCAACCACUCCUGGGCUCGGGUUCAGAGUCUAGCCCAUAAUCCUCGGCUCAGGAUGGUCGUGGAGUUGCACCGGAAGGUCUCCACUCUCAUUGAAUUCCUGAAGCAAAAGUGGGCUGUCCAGGAUCAACGAAUUCGUAAGAGUCUGGCAGAACGAGAAGCUCUGGACGGCCUGGCCCAGUCUAGUGAGUUGGAGGACCUGUUCCUGUUUCCUGCAGAGAACAGCACGGUUACUACUUUGCCAGGCGUGGCUCGUGUUGUGCACUCAAAAGCUUCCUGCACGGUACACUGGCAGGAGAGUGGGCGUGGCCGGACAGGUAUUAGGGACUUGCCCGCAGCUCACAUUUUGGGAAUUCAGCCUGCAAGAGGAAAAUCAGGCAAGUAUGGUCCGGUGGGAGGAGACCUGAAAAAAAGCGACGGGCAUCCUGUUGACGGUCCUGAUAGCGGCACUUCAGCUCCAGGGUUGGAGACCAAUGUAAACCCAAACCUGAGCUCUACUUCUCCAGUCAGUCCAACCCUCGCUCCAUCGCUCCCCAUUGGACCGGAGGGGAAUGUGGUGGGGACUCUGGAGCAAGAAGCAGUGAGUCAGACUCAGACUGAUGCUAGCAGGCGCGACAAAGAGACUGUGACUCAGGGAGACCCCGCCCCAAUCGAGGGCCGGUCUGAGGAGCCUGGAACGGCAGGAGGGGUUGCAUCAGAAAAAGCAGCACCACCACAAUCAGAACCUCAAGGGCGCAAUGAGGAAGUGAGUGGGACUGGACGAUCUCCUCAACAAAUCCAAAACGAAGGUUGGAGCUCACAGGGCUUUGAGAAUGUGACACUGGCAGAAGUCUACCUCAUGCUGGGCAAGCCUGGGAAACUACAGCUGGAGUAUGAAUGGCAGCCUAAACCCCAACCCUCAGCUCUGCCCACCACUCAAAGUGUGCUUCGGUGUCUCCUGAGACUUGUGUCAUCAGAGGUCAACCCCAAACCAACCCCGGAGGUGUGUUCAGUGGGCACUUCACCUUUGAAAUCAGGUCAAGAGGAUUCAUCAGUGACUCCUCCAGGCAGAGCUCCAGCUGGGGCGACCCGUAGUCCUAGCUGGGGUCGACAGCAACAUGCAGCACGCUCAAAAAUACUUCUGAAUAAUGCAGUCAUCACAGGUGGGAGAAACCUGCCGCGUUCUCUGCUGGCCUCCGGAGGUGACAGCGAAGGGUUUGCUGUCCCGACGACCCUGCCUCCUAACAGCUCCCGCCAGUUGCGGAUGUUCUCACCUAAUAAGGAGGCGGAGCUAGCCUUUCGCCAGCAGCUGGACUCCAUCAGUUCAGAUAUAUUUUCAAAGCAGAGGAAAAUAGGGAGGGGGCGUCCACUAAGGAAACCUCUCGUGGUUCAGAGAACCCUGCUGCCACGAACAACUGGAGACACUUCGCCUCAUGUUUGCUCCUUCUCUAUUCUCUCCAAUUCAUCUGCUACAGGAACUGGUUCGUUUCGUCCAAUACAAACUCGUCUCGCUCCAUCGAACCGCCAACUUUCCUCAAAAGCUUCGUCCACUACAGCCAGUACUGCACCCACUACUCAGCUGUCCAGUGCAAUUGACCUGGCUGCCAAAUCUGCAGGUAUUAUCCCUGGCAGCCCCCGUCGGGAAGUAGAGGCCCCUAGUGUAGAUAAGGCCAUUGUGGAGUCUGAGGAGGCCAUGGACUCUGCACCUGCUGCACCUGAGCUAGAGCCAGAUCUGCUUAAUCAGGAGCCUUCUGAGGAAUCCCUGCAGAACGGUGUCUCUCCACCAUCUCCAGGGGGCGGGGAUUCCCUCUUGGCUCCUCCCAGUGUUGCUUCCCUAUUGGAUAUCUCUCUUCCGGGCCCCCCAGAGGAGUCUCUACCUUCUGGAGAGCCACAAACUCAAAUCAGCGACUCUAUAAUUGAGCUCGCCAUCAACUCGCACUAUGGUGAUGGAUCAUUGCUCUCACCUCCUAAACUCAAUGGGAGUGAUAGAUCUAAGCUCCUUCCCUCUUCGUGUGACAGCUGGAUGCCGUCCCCCACACACGACCCUCAGUGGUACCCCAGUGACUCUACCGAUUCAAGUCUCGGCUGCCUGCUCUCAAGUCUGGCAUCUCCUGAAAAUAAGACAAGAAGGACAGCCCUCCCCCCUUCGAGUAACACAGCCUUACUUGGACCCAGUUUACUGGACAGUAACUCCCACGAUUGUUUUCAGUCCCGCGGCCUGCCGGAUGUAGCUGAGGUGGAUACCCAGCUGGCCUGUAUGAUGAGUGAGAGCAGCGUUGACUACAUCGCCCGCUUCAAUGACCUCGCACAGGAGCUCUCUGUCACAGAACCGACCCUCCCACCUCGUCCAGAGGACUGAUGCUGGAGGCGGUGUCUGUCACUGCUCUGCCCCUUUUCGUAUUGGACAGAAGAAUGUUAGCUGGAGUGCAGUUCAGCUGUAGGAAGUGCAAUAGACUGGCAGGGUCCACAACAGCCUUUGGGCUCUAUGGGCUCUAAUGUGUGCAUGUGAGAGCGAUUGUGUAUUUGUGUGUUGAUUAUUCUGUGGCUGUUGUCUUAUGAACCACACCCAGGACACUUAAACAAAAAAUAAAUAAAAACACUCCAGUUUACAGCGCAACCUCAUGUACAGAGAAAACAAGACCUGCCAUAUCUGAACAAAUACCAUCUUUUCGUCUGUAUAUCUGUCUCUAAUGUCUUUUGUCUCACUUUUGUGUGUGUGCAUGUGCAUGUAUCUGUAAGUGGAGCCGCGGAUUGUAUGUUUUGUCUUCGUGAUUUCUUUCUAUUGUACACAACAUUUGUGCAAAACCCUCUAAAGCCAUAGGAGUGCGUCUGCGCACACCCUCCGUUUAUGAGACCUCCGAUUCUGAUUGGUUUAUUUUCAUCUGAAUGUUUUAGGUUGGUGAAAGCCACACUACUGAAAGGGACAAGGGCUUCUUUUUGUGAGAUUAUUACGUGGACUGGAUAUCUAACCACACUAAACAAAAUUACUGAUGCAAAUGCAGUGUAGUUGCAUCAAAACUGAGAUUAAACAUAUUACGCUAUUUUUCCCCGAAACACUAGGACUUUUGUUUCCUGAUGAAUUAAUAUGAAGCCAAUCAUUUGUAGAUUCUAAAAGAUUUUCUUAUGUGAGACUUUCUCUGUGUGGGUGGGUGGGUGUACAUAAACAAGUGUUUGCACAGAUGUAAAUAGACAAUAACAGUCCCUAGUAUUUACAGCUUUUGUAACAUAUUGUAAAUUAUUGUCAUUUGGAUUUAUUUAUUGAUAACUCACUGAAACAGUGUUUUUUUUUUUGUUUAACAUGCCACAUGCAGGCAUUUAGGAGCUCCUCUCCACUGUUUUAAAGAAUUCUGUGUUGUUAAAAGGGAUUUUAAUCCCAAUGUGUAUAAAUACAACUACA